UCCGUGCGUGCGGCUCCGGCCCACACCACACACACGGUGUCGGGCCCAGCACACCAAAAGCCCAGAUCCCACCGGUCUGCGCACGCUCCACGCCACGCCACCCCCCGCGUGUCCCUUCCACCACGCAACCCCCGCAUCCGCGCGCGCGACGCGACGCGAGCCGCCCCCAUGGAGAUCUCCGCCUCCGCCGCGGCGGCCGCCUCCUGCCCGCCGCCCAGGCCGCUGCUCCUCCGCCCGAUUGCCUCGGCGUCGCCCCACCCCGCCACGGCCACCACCACCUCCUCCUCCGCCGCCACCGUCCGCCGCCGCCCGUCCACCUACUCGGCCACCGCCACGGUCCGCCGCCGCGCGCGCACCCGCCCGCGCACGGGGCGCUCCAAGCUCCCCGACGACGCCGGCGGCGACUGCUUCUCCGGCGGCGACGGAGGCCCUGGCUUCGGAGGAACCGGCGGCGGCGGGGGAGGGGGAGGGCGGUGGAGCUGGAACGGCGGGUUCGGGUCCGGGUCCGGGUCGGGCGGCCCCGGCGACUGGGAGCCCGACGUCCCCGCGCCCCGGAGGUCCUCGGCGGAGGCCGCGCUCGGGGUCGUCUACGAGCUCAUGUGCCUCCUUGCGCUCUCCAACUGCACCCAGUUCGCCGUCCGCAGGCUCGCCGGCCUCCUCGCCGUGCGCGUCGCCGCGCUGCGGUUCGUCCCCGCCGUCUGCUGACCGCCCCGUGGGGCUUGGUUUGCUGCCUCUUCCUCCCGCCUGCCUGCCUGCCUGGGAAACCGCUUCUGUAGAUAUGUAUGUCUUGCCCUGUGAUUUUAGGUGGUUGGGACCUUUGGGGGUGUAGAACCUCUGCUUCUUCCCUGGUGCGCGCUUCGAGCGAUGAUGUCGGGAAAGGCAACAAAAUUCGUCGAAUUCGAAUGGAAGAACAAAUAAAUAAGAACUUCUUUAUUUCCCCCUUUGUUGUCACAAUGCGAAUUAUGGUAGGAUGCAGCGUGAUACAAUCUGCUGCUUGUGUACAUAAGCCUGGUGUAAUCUAUUUUCCUCGCUACUGAUGCUAUUCAAGUUGUGCUGCCAAUAGUUCAUCAGUGCAAACCAUUUUAAUUUAGUCUAUAAAAUGCAGAUCCAACUAAGAUCUCGAGGUUGGAGCUGAGCUAAA